UAAUUGUUUUACAAAGAUGUCGCAUCCUAAGCGACGUGAGAAGCCCAGCAAGGAGACUCGCUGGGACCGCAUACGCAAGCGCCACCUGCAAGCGAAUCCUUUGGGACUGAAGACGGAUGCAGUGCGUCGCCUAAUCGAGACGGACUACGUUGGACGGCGACAGGAGCGGCUUCUGAUUGAAGGAGAAGAUUCUAAGCAGCUGAAUCCUGGUCUGAUUAUGGACAUGCGGCAUAAAAUGUUUCAGAAGAUACCACACAAACUUCCCCUGGCCACUAUAGCCCAUGACCCAAACAACUCCCUGGAAGCCACCAAAACGCACAAUCUUGAGGUGGAGCAGCGUUUCAUUGAUAAUCAACUACAGAAGUUUCGCCAGCAGUUGUCCAGGCAGUUCCAGCGGAGCAAGUCCCACCGCGUGCCGCCCACCAAGCCGGAUUUUAAACUGAACAAUGGACCGCUGGUGAAGAGUCUGGCACAGGCAGCUCAGCACAUAGAUAACUUCUAUAACACUCCCGUCCAGGCCCUGAGUCAGAUGACACAGAUGUGCUCCGGGACCAAGUCGGAGGCAACCAAGAGUCUGAUCCAGCAACUGAGGGCGGAACCAGAGAAGGAGGCAGAGGCGGACAUGGAUUGUGAGUGGACGGAGAAGGAAGCGCAGGUGGUAGAGAUACCCGCGUUUGUAGAGGAGCAAGUGAUUUCAUUUGAUGCCCUUGAGUACCGUAACUUCACCAAGCAAGUGAAGGCGGAUGAGAGCAAGGCGAAGCUUCUGCGGUGCCGCACUCCAAGUCCGCUGACUUCCACCGAGGAGUUCUUUCGUCCCAUGCGGGCGGCUGCCGAGCGCCAGAUGCUCCAUGUCCGUACCGUGCGCCACGAGGAGGAGCUGCUGCAGGAGAACAAGCAGGCACAGCAUCCAGAAGGCGAACCAGCAUCGCUAAAAAGAGAGUCCUCCACCUGCUCAAACACCAGCGAUGGCAUAGACUCCGUAAUAUCCGAUUUGGCCGAGGAAGCGCUAUAUGAACUGCAGUUGGAAGCAGCUGAGAAGGAGAACGAAGAGCUUGAAAAGGAGUUACCCAUUCCGCCAAAGCUUGUGCAGUUUCAAUUGCCCCCAAAGAAGACUCCAACACCCACAACACAUCCAAUUGGAGAUUCGGAAGCUGAGCCUGAGCCAGAACCGCUGCUCAUCCGCCGCAUAGACCUGCCAAAAGUAGUCGUCAAGCCCAAGGAACCCGAACCCAAACAGCCGUCCAGCUCCAGUGAAGAAGAGUCGGAUGUUGAGCCCACACAUGAGAAGCAGAAGAUCAUCGAGCAGUUGUUUCAGGCCAGGGCGAACACCCAGUUGGUAGUGAUGCGCAAGUACUUUCUCAAGUGGAUACACUUCACAACGAUGGAGAAGAUUGAGAGAGAACAGGGGCAGUCGUGUCAAGCGCGAGACACCCGGGUGCAGAAGAUCAACGCAUUUCUGGACAAAGUGCGACAGGAAAAGAGGCGUCAGCGCACAGAAACGGUGGCCGAGACUAGCAAGAUCACACAGAAAUCUCUGGAGAAGCGCGAGGAGGCCGUCAAGAUGGCCAAGCAGUUUAAGAACAAACUCAAAGUGCAGCAGGACAUCAUUGACUUACAGCGCAUCAAGCUGGAGCGGCAGGAGCGACUGAUUAUGCAGCUUAAGUUGACUAAGCUCAGCGACGAGGCCAAGGAGGCGCGUGAGGAUCUGAAGCAGGAACUCAAAACGGUCAUCCGGUGCGGGGAUCCCAAGGCGAAAGCCAAGGCGAAGUGCUUGCAGCUGAUCGGCAGUCUGCGCGAUGCGGAUGACGAGGAGAUGGACCGGCUGCAGGGCAAGGCCCUGCUCCAGCCACGGUUUCUGCAGCACAUGCAGGAGCGGGCCACAGAGCGGAGCAUGCGUCAUGAGCAGGCUCGUCAGCGGAGGGCUCAGGCAGAAGCCGAAAGGGAGGCAGCCAAGCAAGCUCUAGAGGAGGCUAAGCGCCAGGAGGACGAGGAAGCCAAGCGCCUCAGAAUGGAGAUCCUUAAAGAGAAGCGUCGCCAGGAGAAAAUGGCAAAAGUGCUAAAGGAGCGCGAGCGACAACGUUUUAUUGAGAACCAGCGGAAGGCCGUGGAGUUCAGUCGCAAGCUUCUAAAACGGACGGGCAUGGAAGGCUUCAAACGACUGCUGGAACGAAAACGCGAGAAUCUGGUUAAGAGCGAGGAAUUCCGUUGUCGGCUGAUCACAAAGAACGCAUUUAGUUCGUGGCACAGCUAUUCGACAUACAGACAGCGCGAGAAGAUCAUCAAGGCGGAGAUCUGUUGGCACAACAUCCUGAAGCGGCGCGCUCUGUACGCGUGGAUUUUGUAUGUGCAGAAUGAGAAGAGCAAGAUGCUAGUGGCGAUCGAUUGGCAUGCGCUGCGUUCCAUGGAACACUGGUUUGCGCGGUGGCACAAGUAUUCCACGCACUGCCGGAUGAUUGAGGACAGCAAGACUCGGCAGGCCAUCUCGCACCAUGAGUGGCACCUGAAAUGGAAGGUCCUGGACUGCUGGCGACGUUUGCCGCAAAUCCUGAAGAUCGAGAAGGAGACGGAGGAGCGACGCCAGCGGUGGCGCAUGAAAAUCUGGGAGCUCUUGCCUGACUACAAACCGAGAGAGGACAGCUUGUGGUAGCUACU